AUGAAUAGCGGGGAUGUGGACUUCUCCAAGCAGUUGCCGACAAUAGAAAAAAUACAAGUGUACGGAGUAAGAUGGAUAGUGCUAGGAAUAUUUGUCUUCUAUUCUGCGGUAAAUGCCAUGCAAUGGAUACAAUUUUCGAUUAUAAACGAUGUGGUGGUUAAGUAUUAUGGGAUAUCUUCGAUGUGGGUAGAUUGGACUUCCAUAAUAUAUAUGGUUUUAUACGUUCCGUUUGUUUUCCCUGCCAGUUAUUUAUUAGAAAAAUUGGGAUUACGAAAAUUUGUGAUAAUAGGUAUGACACUAACAUGCAUAGGCUCGUGGAUUAAAGUAGGAGCAGUGCAUCCAGAUCGAUUUUAUGUAGCUUUUAUUGGACAAACUGUAGCUGGUUUCGCCCAAAUUUUUAUACUGUCCGUACCUGCUAGAUUAGCCGCUGUUUGGUUUGGACCUUCCCAAGUAUCCUCAGCUUGCAGUAUAGGAGUUUUUGGAAAUCAGUUGGGUGUUGCAUUAGGCUUUCUACUACCUCCAAUAUUUGUAAGUUCUGAUUCAACUAUUGACCAAAUGACACAUGACUUUUAUGUUAUGUUUAUAUCUGUCGGUGCGUUCACCACAGUACUUCUUCUGAUUAUUAUUUUAUUUUUUAAAGAUAAACCACCGACUCCACCUUCACAUGCUGCUCUUCAACAAGAAUCAGAAACGAUCGAUUUUAUGAAUUCGUUAAAAGAUUUGUGUAAAAAUAAAUCCUUUAUGUUCUUGUUGGUGGCUUAUGGAAUAAAUGUUGGAGUAUUUUACGCAAUAUCUACUCUUCUUAAUCAGAUUGUAUUGCUUUAUUAUCCAGGAGCUAGUGCAGACGCUGGUAGAAUUGGGCUCGUCAUUGUGGUAGCUGGUAUGUUAGGAUCUGUGUGUUGUGGUAUUAUACUUGACAGAUACCAUAAAUUCAAGGAAACCACAUUGGUCGUAUAUGGAUUUUCUCUUGUUGGUAUGGUCCUCUUUACCUUUACCAUAUCUAGAGGAAUUUAUGUUGUAUACAUAAUAUCCGCAAUUCUUGGAUUUUUUAUGACUGGACUUUUACCUGUAGGCUUCGAAUUGGCAGCAGAACUUACCUACCCAGCCCCAGAAGGUACAUCGGCAGGUCUCCUAAACUGCGCUUGCAAUCUCUUUGGAAUCGCAUUUACCAACAUCUACUCUAUCAUCUUAAACAACGUUAGUGAUCAAUGGGCGAAUAUAUCUACCAGUAUCGCUUUAGUCCUAGGGACAAUCCUGAUAGCCUGUACUAGAUCGGACUUAAGGAGGCAGGCAGCACACUCCGAAAAGAAUGACUACUUUUCUAACGAACAUCAGAGACUUCUCACCAACCAGAGUGAAGAUAUAAACUAUACCGAGGAGAUUUAG